AUGGCGACACUUUCCCCGUUCUUCGUCUCCCAGACACCCGUCGCUACGGAGAAAGCAACGUGUUUCUUGCAUUCGACUUCCUGGACAGGUUUGCUGGCAGCCGUGCUCUCGUUGUGGGAGGUGGUCCGUAGCGGGCGGUUAUGCUAUGUACCCGUUCGCGCACGUUCCGACAACCUUGGCAGUUGGGACCGUCUAUCAGAGGGCCUUAUCACUGGUCUCGUCGUCAGCGAACUUACAACUCAAACGAACGAAGAGCGGUGGUCUCAAUACGAGCCCAUCUGGACCGCGGGCCCUGUGACUAUUUCCGUCCUGCUAUGUAUCCCUGGAAUCAAAAGAGGCACUGAUACUUCACACAUUCUUGCCAAGGAGCCUAUUCCCAUACCCACGAAUGCCGACCUUGGUUUCGUAUCGCAAUCUUCUGCUUGUAGUUGGAGGCCUUCCCAGUGGUCUUCACCGACAAUGUAUAAGUUCAAUACCGGCGUCAGUGGUCUGCCUUUACUGGUAAAUACCGCAUUGGACUGCGAUUUUCCAGGGCUGCUUUCUGAGGGCAUUGACAGCGCACAGGGAAGUAGCGUCGAGAUCCCGGGGCUGAUCGCCAGUAUUUUCAUCAUAACCUCAUUUUCAGAUUCACGUACAAGGAAAGCAUUCUCUGGAUUGUUCCCGUUAUCAGAACUGCCUUCGGCAUCUAGCAUCCGCCUUACCUUUCAGAGCAUUCUCACAUAUAAUAUGGGUACACCCUGUCUAUCAUCCGCAUCCGCACUCGCCGGUAAUAAUCUCUUUCGUUCCACAAUCGCAAGCGUCUCCCCGCUGUUCGGACGUGCAUUCUUUGUCAACCUUGGUCUGGGUCCAGGCUCUGCCCUCGCUGGGGCUGUGAAAGUGGGGCUACGUGCUGAGGGAGCAGUUGACCCACAUACACAGCUGUUGACUGUGUACGAUUGUGACAACAGCCUUGAGGAUAAUGACAUCAAAAGUUCCUCAUUUUCAGUAGCUCAACCCGUCCGGUUUAGACCGAAUGCGCACAGGCCUUACUCAUGGUACUCUAACUUUUAUACAUCUUUUGGCAAUCAAAACGGCAAAAAAUGCCUUGCAACUUACGAGGACUCGAAGGCUUACUAG